AGCAGAAACAAUACAUGCAAGCAGCACUUUGACUCCUGCUCUGUGGACACACACCUGCUUCGGGGUUUGUCUGAGAUACGUCCAAUUGUGGGGACAUUUUUGGAAACAAAAUCAGCUCCACAAUGUGCACACAUUAACUGAGGGGCCACACGGGCGGGAGCAUGGAGCUUGUGUGGGUGCUGUAUGAGUUCGAGUACACAGCGAAGGAUGGCCGCCUCGUGUCCAUCAAGCCUAAUGAAAGCUACAUCCUGCUCUCCAAGACAAAUGAGCACUGGUGGUACGUCUGCAAAGACCAGCAGACGAGGCCCUUUUACAUCCCUGCAAAGUACGUGAAGGAGCUCCCAUCACAUACUGGAGACUCUCCUGGAACUAAACAGCCGGAUUCAGCUGAGUGUGUGACCAACAGUAAACCUGUGGAUACUGCUGAUAUGACACCAAGUAAAACAACGACAGUGAUCUGUGUACCAGCUCAGGAUGCUUCAAGAGAGACAAACCGAUUCUCCACUUUUGGUUUCUGUGAGAACAUACCAGAUGUGAUGCCCCAUGAGACUCUGAGAGAAGGACAGACCACCGGCAGCUCUGCACCUAACCUGGAUAAAACAAAGAUACAUAACUCAGCAGGAAGCUUUUCAUUAACCUCAGCACCUCUGAAACCUGACCACCUGCAACUGUAUGCAAAACCUCAGCCAGUGCUAAAGGCUGGUGAUGGGCAGCAAUGGUCGAAAAGCUCAGUGCAGGGUGAUAAAGUAGAACCGCCACGGACUUCUGUGGAUGAUGAGGACACAGGCUUCCCUUCACCCCCUAGUUCGCCCAUAUAUGACACAAUACCACAGCUUAACAUCACAGAGUUUGACGAGUUCCCUGACCCGCCUGAUCCUCUUCCUUCCAAUGACAUAACGGAAUCGCAGCAACAGAGUUUGAAUCCAGCUGCAGAGGCAGAAUCUUCUACAGGUGCACUUCGCAUUGAGCAGGUGGAGAAUGAAAGUCUCCGGUCACCCAUUUACGUCAAUGUAGCACAGCUUCGCCAGAGCAUCUCUGAGUCUCCCCCCUCCGCUCCUUCGUCCUCCUCUGCUUCCUACCUUGAAGAGGUAUGGGAGGUGCACCUUGACCACGAAAGUGGACAGGAGUACUACUACCACCCCGCCACGGGGCGCACCACCUGGGACAAUCCUUUUCUAGACUCCUCCACGGACCCUGAGUCUCUCCCUACAGAGGAACCUUAUUCCCCCUCACCUCCUCAGUCACCUACCCUCUCUCUGCCCACCGCCUCCCCCCCUGCGUGGACCUCAGACUGGGAGCAGUUAGUGGAUGAGACUAGCGGUCGCCCUUACUUCUAUAACCCAAUGUCUGGGGAGACGUCUUGGGAGCCUCCAGAGCAGCUGAGCCCAUAUCCCCCUCUGAUGGAGCCUAUGAAUGUGCACAGGUUUCACGAGGACGGGCCGCCUCCUCUACCUGAGGAGGACUACCCCUCGGAGGGAUACCCAGCUGAUGAUCAACCAGAGGCCUACGAGAAGCUCCUUGCCACGGGACCUCCCACCCUCCCCAAGGAGUACACCCUCAGCCACGUGAGCCGGACCAUCAUCCCCAGGGCCAACCUGGACCGCAGUACCCCGAGUGGUUGGAACCUCACGGUGGAACCCAGCGGUACCUGGGUGUUCACCAGUGAACACUCUCCAGAUCAGUGGAUCAAGUCUGUGGAUGAUCGAGGGCGGACCUACUACUACCUGAGGGACGGCUCCAAGUCUCAGUGGAACCUGCCUGAGGCCCCUGUAGCUCCGGGUCAGUCCAGGGUGGAGAAUGGUGUUGAGCCCGAAAACACGUCAGUCUUUAAGAACUGGCGACACACCAUGGGACCUGCUCAGCUCAGCUCAGCCCAGGAUGACGGGAGGUUCGUCCCAACUCACAGGAGGAACACGUCAGACUACAGCAGCGACAGCUCCAGUACAGGAAACUCUCCUGAGACGCAGCAUAACGUGCAGAACUUAGAGAAAGCUGGAAUUCUCAACAAAACAAAAGUGUCUGAGAACGGCAAGAAAGUAAGGAAAAACUGGGCCCAGACAUGGACGGUUCUCCAUGGAGGAGUGCUGACGUUCCACAAAGACCCAAAGUCUGCAGCAACAGGGGCCUCGAACAAGACCAGUCAGAUUGUUCCAGAGGUCACGGUGGACCUGCGAGGAGCGACAAUUGGCUGGGCCUCGAAGGAGAAAUCCAGCAAGAAGAAUGUUUUAGAGUUAAAAGGGAAGAACGGUGUGGAGUUUCUGAUACAGUACGAUACAGAGAGUAUCAUCAAUGACUGGCACAAAGUUUUAAUGGACACCAUACGACAGCUGGAGUACCAGGACCAUCACUCAGAGGAGGAGGACGGGGACUUGUAUGAGAAGAUCGCAGAGCGAGAUGACAGGUCUGCAGGUGGCAUCGACAAGCGAAGAUCCUCUAGGCCGAGUGUCACACCGUCAUCCAGCUCUGCAGGAGACACAGACCAGAAGAGGGUUCGAACCAAGCUGAUGAAGUUCCUCAUGAAACGCCCAACACUGCAGUCUGUGAAGGAGAAAGGCUACAUCCGAGAUAAUGUGUUUGGUUGCCAUCUGUCCACACUGUGUGCUCAGGAGAAGACCACAGUCCCUAGUUUUGUUGAGAGAUGUAUCAAAGCAGUGGAAAAGAGAGGUUUGGACAUUGAUGGGCUCUAUAGAGUGAGUGGGAACCUCGCUGUCAUCCAGAAACUACGCUUCAAGGCCGAUCAUGAGGAGCUUGACCUCGAGGAUGGCCAGUGGGAGGACGUUCAUGUCAUCACCGGAGCACUGAAGUUGUUUUUCCGAGAGCUUCCUGAGCCGCUUUUCCCGUACAGUCACUUCAAUAACUUCAUCACAGCCAUCAGAAUUCCUGAUUACAGCACAAAAGUGUCUCACAUGCGUGAGCUGGUCAGAUCACUUCCUCCUCCAAAUCAUGAUACCAUGGAGCUUCUAUUUGGGCAUUUACGCAGGGUCAUUCAGUAUGGGGAAGACAAUCGCAUGACUGUGCAGAAUGUGGCAAUUGUGUUUGGCCCAACGCUGCUUCGGCCAGAGACGGAGUCAUCGAACAUCGCGAUGCACAUGGUGUUUCAGAACCAGAUAGUGGAGCUAAUUCUGAAUGAAUAUGAGCGUAUCUUCCACUCCGGCUAAAGCAGUCACAAGCCUCCAGUGCACCCCUGGGCAAAUGUCUAAAUGUGUUCAAGUUAUUUGAAGUUCUAGAUUUACCUUUGCAUGCACAUGAACAGCUUCAAUGCAACACCUGAAAAUGAAAGAGUAAAAUAUGUUAAAGGGCUCAGUUUCCGUUGCUCAGAAUAUUUGAAGUUUAACCACUUAAACUAGAUAAAGGGAUCUUCAAAUUGUCUUUGUUGAGAAUAUUUGAAGCAUGUUUAACCACUGGAGGUUCACACUGUUAGAACUAUCUUUGGCAGUAUUUUACGACUGGAAGCUGAGCUGCACAGGUGUAGACAGGUGUGGUUUGGUUUCCUGUCUCAUAGCUAUUGAGCUUGUUUCUUGGGUGGAAGAAGGAAUGUGUUAGAUUGCUCUCGCUCCCUGAGAUUUUAACUGUCUUAAUCUCACGAGUCACUUUCUGAAUUUUUUUUAAUUGUUUACUUCUAUUUUUAAUUUUUAUUUGUUUUUUGUUUGUCUCAGUUUCUCUAAACUGCAGUUAUAAUAGAGCCCAAGCCAAACCUGGACAUAUGCAUUAAUUCUCUUUUUAAGAAAUGAUCAAUGAUUGCUCCCAUCUUUAUUUUAGAAAGUUUAAUAACUUUUAAAUAUUGUUUUGGAUGAUCACAUAUUGCAAUAACUGAGAUUGUAUUCUAAUUUUGCAUUUUUGUUUAUCAGUUUCAUUUUUACCCAUGAAUUCUUUAACUGUAAUAUAGAAAUGUAUAAAAAAGAAAUAUUAAUACCAAUAUCUUGCUGUGAAGUAGAUGUUGAUAUAGAAUACUUGUGCAAACUAUAGUUUAUUUUCCUCAGAAUUGUAAAACACCUUGUUUCAAUCAUGCUGUACUUGAAGGAACUGUAUAAUAACAACAUAGGAAUAUAAGUAAGUACAACAUCUUUUUGAGAGCUGGCAGUGAAGUCAGUCUCACCAUGAAACAGAAAAGUGGAUAUUAGAAGAGAUUUAUUUCCUGUAAAUAGAAAUAGAUGGCAUAUUUAUGCUGAAAGUUGUUGAAAAAUGCACAAGUUAUUUGAUAAUAAAUA